CUCUUCCUCCACCACCACCACCACCACCGUCCACCUCGCCGGAAAAUAAGCAGCUUCUCCGGCGGGCGACCCCCCACCCAAGAAAUGUCACCAAUUCCAUGCCUUUCCCUCCAAACCACACCCACCACACCAUUUUUCUCCAACCGCAAUUCGUUCCCCAAGAAUUCAGUUUCGUUCACCUUAAAGAAACAAUCUUUCACUCAAAUCCCAAAAGGGUUUUCGAGGAAUCUCAAGGGGCGGGGCGGCGCGUCGGCCGCAGUCGCGUGCUCGACCUCGUCGCCUUUUAUAGGGAAAGUCGGGCUGCACAAAAGAGAGGGCAAUUUCUCUCUGCUGUCGUUCGGUGUGGGCCCCAAGGUUGACGUCGAGGCCGAGGUCAACUCCGACGCUUCUCAGAUUCUGUCGGCGCUGCUUCCCUUUGUGGUGGCGCUGACCGCCGUCGCCGCCCUCUCCAAGCCUUCCACUUUCACUUGGGUGUCAAAAGACUUUUACGCCCCCGCACUCGGCGGCAUUAUGUUAUCCAUCGGGAUCAAGCUCUCGAUCGAAGAUUUUGCUCUAGCAUUUAAAAGACCUUGGCCGUUAUCGAUUGGAUUUAUCGCUCAAUACGUAUUGAAACCGGCUCUAGGGGUAUUUGUGGCACGUGCCUUUGGUAUAUCUCCAAUGUUCUACGCCGGUUUUGUUCUUACAUCAUGUGUAGCAGGGGCUCAAUUAUCGAGCUACGCUAGCUUCUUGAGUAAAGGAGAUGUAGCUUUGAGCAUUCUUUUGACUAGCUCUUCGACUAUCGCCUCGGUUCUAAUCACUCCUCUUUUGACCGGUCUUUUGAUCGGCUCCGUUGUGCCAGUUGAUGCCGUUGCUAUGUCUAAAUCGAUUUUGCAGGUGGUGCUUGCUCCGGUUUUUCUUGGUUUGGUGCUGAACAGUUACGCGAAACCAGUUGUGUCGGUUUUACAACCGGUGAUGCCGUUUGUUGCGAUGGUUUGUACUUCGAUGUGUAUCGGAAGCCCUCUUGCUAUAAACAGGAGCCAGAUUCUUUCGGCUGAGGGUCUGAGACUAGUGGGGCCCGUAUUGUCAUUUCACGCAGUUGCGUUCACUUUGGGCUAUUGGAUCUCCAAAUUGCAACCUUUGAGGUUAGAGGAAGAAGUAUGCAGGACGAUAUCGCUGUGCACGGGGAUGCAAAGCUCGACGCUAGCUGGACUUCUCGCAAGUCAGUUUCUGGGGUCCACGCAAGCGGUCCCACCAGCUUGCUCGGUUGUAGCCAUGGCUAUUAUGGGGCUUUGCCUCGCUUCGUUCUGGGGCAGUGGAUUCAGAAUCAGGGACUUGCCUUCGAUUCUGAUUCCACAUACCGGCUCGACCGUCAAAGCUUGAUUUCGAAAGAUGCUCGUUUUUUUAGUAUAAAUUCGACACAUACAUGACUAUAUAGGAGAGUAAGUAACACGGUCAAACUUCGAAAUACAUGCCACAUCCAGUGAAGGGUACACCAGAUAACACACACACACCCAUAUGGAUGUGUGUGUGUGUGUGAAUGACCGAGUAAUAGAUAUAACCCCGUGCGCGUAUGGUAGAGAAUACGCGUACCGUAGGAGAGAAAUAUUGUAUAUAGUUUCUUCUAAUUUAUAGAAAUAACAUAAAGUUUUGCCUUUGAUAACUCUUUAUAUAUUGGAUUUGUGGGUUAAUGUUAGCAUAUGAUGCAGCUGUGUUCGAUAUAGUUGUAAAUUAGUUUGAAUUUAAAAAAAAAUAUAUAUUAUUUUUGUCGC